AUGGGCUCCCCUGCCAACGCCUACCCCUCUCGGCCAGGCCUGAAACACUUUCUGCAACACCCCCACCACCUCCUUCGCCCAUCUAUCCGCUUAAAGACAUCCCUCUACACCCUCACCCUCCUCAUCGUCCUCUUUCUGGUUCUCGCUCUGAACGCAGCAACCUCGGGUCCCUCGACUUCUGAGCGGGAUAUAUCUCGCUCGCCGAAGCUGGAUACGCCCGCAGAUACAGGAGAAGGAAAGGAUAUAGCCCAGGGGAAGGACGCGCACUUGGUGGACGGAGACAUCCAGCGGAGUUUUGAGGAGCCUGAUUUUGCGCUGCUGAGUGGGAGACAGCCUCAUGAGAUUGGGUGUAAUGUGCCGUUGGAGGGAGAAGACAGCGGGGUGCUGAUAUUCCUGGGCAUCUUCUCGGCGGCGGACAAGAGAGGCAGGAGGGAUCUAUAUAGGAAGGAGAUCAUACCAGACUUCCCAGAAGAUCUUGUUACAGUAAAAUUCAUUUUGGGGACACCACCGUUCCCUAAUGCGCCAACGGACCCGGAGAUUGAGAAGCGGGAUGCGUUGCUCAAGGAUGUAAGGCAGGAGAUGAAGCAGCACGGCGAUAUGGUCAUGCUCCCAAUGAUUGACAACAUCGACCUCGGAAAAACUCAUGAAUACUUCAAAUACAUUGCCCACACUUACGCCGGUCCCUCCCACGGCCAAGUAGCAGGCCGUCCUCGUUUCGUCGUCAAAGCGGACGACGAUACCAUUCUAGUCAUGCCCAAUCUCAUUGCGGCGUUUAAAGACCUGGAUUGUUCGAAAAAUGUGUACUGGGGGACAAGUGCUGGGAGGUCACAUUUCUUUGGAGAUUAUUUCAGGGGUUUAGCCUAUGCUAUGAGUUGGCCAUUGGCAAGUCCUGUGUCAUGGAUAGGUUCCGCAGACAUGACCUUUACGCACAUUGCCAAAAUUGAGGACGCCCGUACAGGACAGUGGCUGCGGCAUCUCGACCCUGUCACGGAUCCCAUUAAACGGAUAGACAUGGGCUGGACGAUGGGAGAUUGGAACCAACUCGAUGUCUCAAUAGAAACUGUCGCUUUACAUUGGUGCAAGUUAGACGACUGGGUCUGGGAACAACAUGCUCGGCUACUAGACCUCUGGGCGCAAGCUGGUAGGCAGUAUACUCCCGAGAACGGGGUGCCCCCGAAAGAAAGUAGAGAGAAGGGAAAGAUCAUGCCAGAGAAGGCGGAGAAGGAGCAGCAAAGGCAGAAGGAGAUGGGAUGGGAUGUGCAGGGGAAGGAAAUGGGUUGGAAUGUUCAUGGGCCGCCUUGA